GUUGCAUGGCAGUUCAUUUAAGGACAGUGUAAACGCAUGGUUUUACGCACUGAGGGCCACAAUGCAGCUGUGGCAGGUAUUCUGGGCGUGGUUUAAACCAUAGGUGUGUGAGGAAGAGGUCGGUGUCAGCAUUCCCAGCUCGCGACGAUACAGGAAGACCCACUGACAUCUGGAUUUAACUCAAACGACGUGCAAAUAGACGUUUUCUAAUCACUAGUUUAUAAAUUGAGGAUCCAUACCUGCCGACAGGUUGGGGAAGGUGAACCUGAUCCUGCUGGACUUCAGUUGGAGCGCUUUUGGAAGAUGCAUUCCGCCAGAUAUGCGUACGACGGCCACAACAGCCAUCAUGAGCGGAUUGACUUCUUAACAAGCAAAGAGAAGGGGUCAUCAAAGCGGAAGGUCGGCAUCGUGAUCGGGGUCCUUGUGGGGCUUCUCAUCCUCGCGGCUAUUGCAGCGUUCCUUAUUUGGCUGUUUGUCUUUAAAGAUGCUGGUUCAGAUAGCGCUCUCAGUAUGCAGAACAGCCGAUUGACAAAGGUCUUCAGUGGGCAUAUGCAGUUGGCCGAUGUACCUUAUGACCAGAACCUGGAGGAUACCAAAAGCAAGGAAUUUGAGGACUUGGCGGUCAAACUGGAGGCAAUUCUGAAGAACAGCUACACGAACGAUGAGCUGCUCAGCAAAUACCACACUAAGUCUGUGGUCACGGCUUUCAGUGAGGGUGUAAUAGCCUACUACUGGUCCCAGUUUAAUAUUCCAUUCGAAGACCAGGAGCUUGUGCCAGAGUUCACGGAGGAACGGGUAUCUGAGGUACUGGAGAAUAGCAUUAAGGUUAUGCGCAGAACAGCAAGCCAUGAGGACAUCAGCAUCGUUGACAUCACCUGCUCGGCCACAGAUUAUCGCAUGGCCAGGAACCCCAGAGCCGAGGAGUGUUUCCACCGUCUGGAGGCUACAGAAGAGGAACAAAAAUUUGUGUCACCAGGGUACCCCAAAGGCUACCCCGCAAAGUCUCGGUGUCAGUGGCAAAUCCGUGCUUCGGAGAACAGCAUCAUCUUUGUCACUUUCCCUUUUUUCCACAUUGAGGAUGACUGUUCUGAUGACUUUGUCUUCAUCUAUGACUCGCUGAGUCCAGAUGAAUCUCAGGCCAUCACAAAGAAGUGCGGUCAGAGGCCCCCCUCCAACCCUCUGGAGGUAGUGUCAUCCGGCAACAUCAUGCUGAUAAAUUUGAUUACUGACAGUGAUGUCCAGAGGCCUGGCUUCGAGGCCAAGUAUAAAGCCCUCCCCAGGUCUAAAGUUAAAACCUGUGGUGGCCUCCUCUCUGAUAAACAAGGAGUCUUCACCUCCCCACUUCACCCCAGCUUCUAUCCUCCUGCCGUGGACUGCAAGUGGACCAUUAAGGUACCUGCUGGGAACAAGGUGCGGUUGAGGUUCAACAUGUUCCGCAUGAAAGAGCCUGGGGUGGACAUCCGUGUGUGUAACAAAGACUAUGUGGAGGUUAUGGGUCAAAAGUAUUGUGGAGAGCUGACGUCUUUGGCUCUGACCAGCACCACCAACGUCGUAGAAGUGAACUUCCACUCUGAUGAGUCCUACACUGACAAAGGCUUCAGUGUCGAGUACAGCGCUUACGAUCCCGAAAACCCUUGCCCCGACAAGUUCGCCUGCAACUCUGGCAUCUGCAUCGGGAAAGAACUGAAGUGUGAUGGCUGGAACGACUGCGGUGAUAUGAGUGACGAGAGGAAUUGCAAAUGUGAGAAGGAUCAGUUCACUUGUGCCAACAGCAUGUGCAAACCCAGACUCUGGGUGUGUGAUCGUGUCAACGACUGCGGAGACGGGAGCGAUGAGAAAGGUUGCAGUUGUGACCAGAAUGAGUGGCGCUGUGGUGACGGGACAUGUAUGCCUCAGGAUGUUGUGUGUGACAAGAAGAUGGACUGUGAAGAUGGAAGUGACGAGGCCUCUUGUAAAACCUCUCCGGGCAUCUGCUCUGACUUCAGCUUCAAGUGUGAGAACAGUGAAUGUGUCAACAAGGUGAAUGCCGAUUGUGACCGCGUCAACGACUGCUCUGAUGCCUCCGACGAGUCCGGCUGUAAUUGUGGCACCAGGCCCUAUAAGCUGAACCGCAUCGUAGGAGGGCAGAACGCUGAGCUGGGGGAGUGGCCCUGGCAGGUCAGCCUUCACUUCAGGACAAACGGACAUGUUUGCGGUGCUUCGAUCAUAUCUGAGACGUGGCUCCUUUCGGCUGCCCACUGCUUUGUCACCUCCGACCCCCAGAACCAUAUUGCAUCCAACUGGCAAACCUACAGUGGCAUGCAGGACCAGUACAGGCAAGAUGGCGUACAGCGCAGAGGACUGAAGAGGAUCGUCUCCCACCCGGAUUAUAACCAGAUGACCUUUGACUAUGACAUUGCACUGCUGGAGCUCAGCGAACCGCUGGAGUUCACCAACACCAUCCAACCCAUCUGCCUACCCGCCUCCUCCCACAUCUUCCCUGCAGGCAUGUCCUGCUGGGUCACAGGCUGGGGCGCGCUCCGAGAAGGAGGUCAAAAGGCACAGGUGCUGCAGAAGGCAAUGGUGAAAAUCAUCAAUGACACGGUGUGUAACGUGGUCACUGAGGGCCAAGUCACCUCCAGGAUGCUCUGCAGCGGAUUCUUGGCCGGAGGAGUUGACGCAUGCCAGGGAGACUCCGGAGGCCCCAUGGUGUGUUUUGAGGAGAGUGGGAAGUGGUUCCAGGCCGGCAUCGUGAGCUGGGGUGAGGGCUGCGCUCGUCGGAACAAGCCUGGUGUCUACUCGCGCGUCACCAAGCUGAGAGAAUGGAUCAGGAAGGAGACAGGGGUUUGAUGAUGUCGGUAGGAACAGGGAGGGAUGCGGAGCAGGGAACAGCAUCAUAGUGCUAAAAAUAAUGGAGACGGAACAUUUGAGUCUUGAUUCGGACGAGUCUCUCCAAGAUUUAUUCAUUUAGCAGCAGACUGAGGAUACUGUUGCAUGGACCCAGCUACUCACAUGAAUGACUUGAAGCACAUUAUGUGGAUGCCGACCUCCAUCCUCUCGCUCCCGCAACACACACACACGCACACACGCACAAACACUUACACAUAAACCACACUAAGUCAUAUUUUGUAUAGUUUUUUUAAGGCAUGAAUCAGCACAGUGCAUUCGCUGAAAGCAAAUCUUGAAAUACACAUAUUCUUUGCCAAAUGUAACUCUUUAAGAUGGAUGCCAAAUCUAAAAAGUUUUUAAAAAUGAAAUUGUGUUUUUAAGUCUUAGCAUUGUGUACUUCUAAACAGGUGAGAUGCCUUUUUCCUCUUGGGCUGCAGUCAGUGUUGCACUUUGCCAGUGGGCUCAUGCUGUAGAUCUUUCUGUAAAUUUGGGGUUUUAUUCAUUGAUAUCUUACAGGACCAGAACUCUUGUUUUAGCCUUUUUACUACAAAACACUUGCACAUAACUGAUGAUUGUUUUGCAAAGCAUAACAUCGGUUUUUAGAUGGAUUAAAGCAUUUUUAUCUACCUAUCUGCCAGGCAGACAUUAGUCUCAGUUUUUAUCAGGAAAAGUAUAAACAUUAACUUAACUAAUUAUAACUGAAGUUACAGGGAAAAAACAAAAGACUUGUUAUGUUGCUCAAAUCUAUGCAGGGGCAUUUUCAUAUCAUACUAAAAUGAAUGAAACCAGAAGUGUAUAAAAUGCGAUAAUCAGUCUGAGAGCCCACAACAGUGUUGUUAAAGCUAGCUGGUGACUUUUAUGAAAAUAAACGUUUGUCAUAUUUGCUGAAUCUGCCGCUACAUGCACAUAGCAGCACACGAGACAGUCUGUGAAAGAAAUCCUGCCCCACCUCCUCUUCCUGCUGCUUCUUAUGGCAUUUGCUAGACUCCACUGCAGCUGAAGGAAAACAACCAAUCAGAGCUGAGGAGUCUCUGACACAGCUGUCAAUCAUGUCAAUCAGUGGGUCAUCACCAUUAGUAGGUGGUAGUUAUCAUAGUUGCCAGAUCUGCUGCUAAAUUUCAGCGUCGAUAGCAGCGUAGACAUCACCACCAAGGGAGAUUGAUAUGACAGAGUAUUGAUGAAUGUCAUUCAGGCGCACAUAAAAUAAUGUCGUGAACAUGACUGUCCAUGUAGGCAAUUAUUUGUCAGCUAGGAAAGCUACCAUGGCUACCAUGUUGUUUGUUCUGUCAGCUGACAGUUACAUGGUUGCUGCCACUGGCUGACAGAUUACACAGCAUUUAAACAGCUUUCCCAGCCGUCGCUGUUACAUGUUAAGUGGUGCACAGAUGCACUAAAAUGGACAACAGUCAUGUGUGGUUGAUUGUUGCAAAUGCCUUUAGAAGCAGUAGAAGGAAGAGGCAGAGGAAUAUGAUUGUUUUUCACAGAUUAUUGUCUCUUGUGUUACUGUCAGGAUAUUGUGAGAGUUUCAGCAAAUAUGACAAAAAGUUAUUUUUUAUGAAAGUUAACAACCACAGCUCUAAGUAUACCAGACUUUUAGUUCGUGGGCGAAAACAGGCAAAAACACAGCAUGGUCCCUGAAGAAUGUUGAUUUUUGUUGAUCUGGAGUGAAGCUUAAGUUGUUGUUGAUCUGAACAGGGGGUCCUGCAUCAGUAUUUCUAAUACAUAUUUACAGAUGCUUACUGGCCUUGCCUGGUCUGUGAAUGAUUUGCCAAAAUGUGAUAUUCCAAGGAGGUCGGGCAGGCAGAGGAUGAGGAUUAGAUCCAGUUGGCUUUUGCACAGGUCUCUAGUUAAGCUCAGGGUGAUUGAGGUCUUCAGUCACACACACACCUGACAGCCAAAGCAAACCAGUGGGGUUUUCAUCAGUUUGCCAGAGCAAUGCAAUGAGUUCUUAUCCCUGUGAGAGUUUCCUCUCUCCGGUCACGACCAAGUCAGUCAACUUUUAAAUCUAAGAUUUGACUGGGUGAUUUCUCUUACUCUUUUUGCCUUCAUCUCUGACUUAUCCUGGAAAUAUUAUAUCCUGGGUAAGCAAACCAAAGAUUAGCAUAAGUAUUAUUUAUUGAAGGGGAAAAAAUUAAGAAGAAAAAUUUGUUUAGGAUAUUGCUCAGCGGACCUCUUUUAUUAAUUCCUCAGAGACUUACAGUGAAACUAUGCAAGCGUAAAUGUGUGUUUUUCACAAAGUAAGGAGAAGCCACAACUUUUACUUCUUUUAAUUAUUUCACGAGUAUUGUACAGUGUGAUUUGGACUAUGGAAAUACUUUAUAACCUUUCUUUGUUGUGUGUGUUUUUCUAUGUUUUUAUACGAAAGAGUCGUAGUAAUAAACAUCUUUUAUCCGA